AUGUACUUCGCACCCAUCAUCUCGCUUGCCGCGGCGAUGCUGAGCACCGCGGUGCAGGCCUACGCCAACCCGGGCGCCUGCUCGGGCGAGUGCUGGAGCCACGACCCUUCGGUGGUGCGGCGCGACGACGGCACCUUCUUCCGGUUCGAGACGGGUAGCAAGAUCAGGAUCUGGAAAGCGCCCGACCUGACGGGACCCUGGACGUUCCAGGGCGCCGCACUGCCGCGGGGCAGCAGUAUCAACCUGCCAGGAAACCAGGACUUGUGGGCACCUGAUGUAAACAAGGUCGGAAGCCAGUACAUCAUGUACUACAGCGUCUCCACCUUUGGCAACCAGAACUCCGCCAUCGGCUACGCCACGUCCCCCACCAUGGAGGCCGGGUCCUGGACCGACCGCGGCGCCACUGGCGUCGCCUCCCGGGCCGGGUCGCGCUACAACGCCAUCGACGCCAACCUCGUGCGCGCCGGCAAUGGUUGGUUCCUCAGCUUCGGCUCCUUCUGGGAGAAUAUUUUCCAGGUGCCCAUGAACAGCGCUGCCACCCAGGCCGCCGGGAACCCGUACAGCAUCAUAUUCAACAACACGCGGCCGCAACCGGUCGAGGGUGCAUACAUCUUGGAGCGCAGCGGCAUGUUCUGGGCCUUUUUCAGCUCCGGGUCCUGCUGCGGCCUGGACAAGAACAGGCCGCGCCAGGGCGAGGAGUACAAAAUCUUUGUGUGCCGCUCCUCGGCCGUCGGCGGGCCAUACACGGACCGCGGUGGCAGGAGCUGCACUAGUGGCGGCGGCACGCUGCUGCUAUCGAGCCACAAUAAGGUCUACGCCCCUGGCGGCCAGGGCGUCAUGGUUGAUCCGCGCCGUGGGACCAUCCUCUACUACCACUACAUGAACACCGACAUUGGCUAUGCAGAUUCUCAGACGCGGUUUGGCUGGAAUGUCAUCGGAUGGUCUGGUGGUUGGCCAAGUGUAUAA